UGUGUUUCCUCCCCUCAACUUUCUGGCCUAGUGGAGCGUUUGAAGGAAACACACGUCGCUCGUUUUGCGUCCCAGUCUGCUCGGAACUCACACUACAGCCCGCCGCUUCCUCGUUCUGACAGCGGCGCUGAAAUACUCUCACAAAGAAACUUUGCUUGCUAGUAGGCUGCUGCUAACGCGCACACAUCCAGGAGGAAAAGUUUUUUGUUUUUGUUUUUUUUCCCCACGGCGUGACCACGUUACUCCCGGUAACGACUCCGCGGCGGCUUGAGGUCUGUCAUCAUCCUCAUCACCACCGGAGGAAGAGUUUGGAGCUGGUCACCUAACAUUAGUUUCCUCGGAGCUCUCCUCCUCCUCCUCCUCCUCCUCCUCCUCCAUCCACCAGGUGAUCAUGUCCCACAGAGGCGGCCCCCCCAGGCCCGCGGCCCCCCCUCAGCAGCCCCUGAGGGCCACCGUGUCCUACCAGCUCCUGUCCAGAACCAGACCCCAGCUCCGGGAUGUGCAGCCCGGUCAGUCCCAGUCCACAGCUGCCAAGAUCCGACCGCACCAGCUGAGCUCCAGCCGGAGGUGGACGAUGUCUCCCGACGCCUUCACCGAGUCGUACCUGCAGGGACAGUGGCUGAAAGACCCAGAGGGCCAGAGCGCUCGCUACCACAAGGACAAAUGCACCCAGACCCCGGACUCAUGGCCGGAUCGGAGUCGCAGCAGGGGAGGGGGCAGCAGCCACAGGCGCUCGGCAUCACUCGGUGGCGCUGAUCACAAGCAGGAGCAGCCGCUGCAGUGCAGCAAACCUGCGGCCUCAGAGGAACGUGACAGAGACUGCCACUGGGAAGAUCCUCAGGAGGGCUGUAGCUGGGGAACUACACAGCCGAUUCCCAUCCCCCGCCCUGCGCUGUCGACACUCUCCCCCCAGCUGUGCAGCAGCGUGGAGGGCCUCAACCAGGAGCUGGAAGGCAUGUUCAUCAGCCCGACGCCGGACCCCCAGCACAGGUUGCUGGAGGUCCCGGACGGGCACCGGGCCCCGAUCCCCCCUCAGAGCAGCAGUAAUGGAUCCCAGUGUGAUCUCGCCACCUUCAGCUUGGCUUCGGCCCCCUCCUCGCCGUGCUGCUCGCCCAACGACAUCUCCACCCCCAAGCCUCAGUCUGUGGACCCCUCCCAGGACCAGCAUCCAGGCUCGGUGGACAGUGCCGAGGUGGGCUUCCAGUUCCCCUUCUCCCUCCAGAGUGACAGUGAGCUCCCCCCGUCCGAGCCCAACUCCUCCCCGGAGCCCAACACCAGCUGCUGCUUCCACAGAGACCCUCCGGAGGGCUGCGAGAAGGUCACCGCACUGGAGGACCUGAAAUCUCCACAGCAGCCCAAAUCCCCCCCGGUCUCCUCCUGCCCCGACCCCAACAAAGUGAACUUCACCCCCCACGGAGGGUCGGCGUUCUGCCCCGUCCGCCUCCUUUAGCGCCUGCGUCCUGUCGGCGGUGGCGUUUUCAUCGAAUCGUAGCCGGCGAGGAGACGUGUUGAAGUUUGUGAUUGUAGGAAAAGCUUGUUUAUUUUUUUUCUUUCUUUCUUUUGGUUGAAAUUUGGGCGUAUGAGUUAACUUUAUGUUGUGGCGAGGGGGGGAAACGAAUCGACCACAGUCUGAAAUGAUGCUGUAUGUAGGAAAGUUUACAUUUCUAAACCAAGAGACUUUUGGUUCGGCCUUUUUAUUACCCCAAAGAUGCAUUUAUGGCCAAAAAAAAAAA